AUGUAUAAAGUAGUAAAGCUGUUCCUCCACAGCGUACUCUCUGCUCUGCUCGGUGUCUGUCUUCUUCUGGUCCUUUCCUUCUACGUCUUCAUCGAGUUCUUUCUGGACCCGUCCAAACUCCGCACUGACAAACACUUCCUGGUGAGGAAUGAUACUGUGUGGCUGGUCUUCCUGCCUCUGGCUCCGGUCCGAUCGGCAGCGCCGGUGAUUCCCGCCCUGGCUGCCGUCACCAUGGCUCUGGCUCUCAUGUCCUUGGUGCUGCUCUGCCAUCUGCUCUGCUUCCACAUCUACCUGAUGUGGAACAGACUCAGCACCUUUGAGUACAUUGUGCGACAGCGUCACCGUCAGGACGGCCGAGACUCGAGGAACCCCGGAUCAGUGAAGGAGACCGGGCCGCCCUCACUGCACCUCGUCAAGGACGAGACUCUGGGUUACACCAACUCUCAGCUGGACCUGGAGGAACGUACCACUGUGGCUGUGCGGGGGGAGGCAGAGUUCCUGGCUAACGGCAGAGUGAGGACCGUGUCCAGUCCCGUCAUGGAGGAAGAAGCUCCGCCUCUGACGUCUACUGAGCUAAACGUAGCAACACACACACACCGUAGCACACAGAAAAAGAAGAAGAAGGUUCGUAAAUUUCCAGCGGAGGUUAGCAGAGAGCACUGCCCAAGCUCAGCACCUCUCUCUGAGACCGGCCCUGUGUCCACUGUGUCCCUGGCUCAGAGACUACCUUUCCCAGCAUUCCCUCUGAGGGUGACCCUGCCCCCCCUGGCCCCCUCCUCGGCCCCCAUCCAGGCUGCGGCCCCCCCCGCCGAGUACCACUCGGACUCAGCCGAGUCCCUGGAGGAGAUCCCCGUGGCGUUGGCCAAACUGGGUUCGUCCUCAGCCGCUGCUAACGGAGACGCCUCCACAUCCUCCGCGGCGUUCCCCCCCCCUUCCUCCCCCCUCCACAGAGCCGCCAUGGCAUUCCCCCCCCCCCCAGCCCAGGACUAA